AUGGUGAAUUCUCUUUUUUUUGCGGGAAGACUUGUCGGGUUGUGCGCCCUACUCAGACGAAGCAAGGGAGUCGUUGCUGGAAGCCAUGCACCUCACCGCGGCCACCGUACCCUUCAAUCCAGCUCAAACAUUGAGUUUAUCGAAGCCGUCGUAGGCACGGCCUUCACUACUGAAGAGCAGAGCGGACUACAGCUCCAGGGCUUCACCCUGAGCUUCGUUGGGCAACUGGAUGGUGCGGCGUGGACCGUGGAUAUCUUCGACUUCAGCACCGACGUCACCACCUGGGUCAACGCGGGCACCCUCACCGGGAUGACUACUGCUGGGUGGGGGGACGUCGACGUCGACUUCCCCACAACGACACCUGCCGACUUCAUCGCUGAUGAAUCGGUAGUUUUGGUCGGGUACCUCGACUACGCUGCGGUGAACGCCGUCGGAAGCUCGCCAACGCCGACGCCUGCAGCCGCGCCGGUACCUGCCCCCGUCGCCGCUCCUGUCGCCGCACCUGUAGCUGCCCCUGUAGCUGCCCCCGUAGCUGGACCCGUAGCCGCGCCCGUCAGCCCCGCCGAGGGCUCCACCGCCGCAUUCGUGGCGACAGUUUCUGGUGCCGACAUCCUGGACGUUCAGGUCUCGGGCGAACCACUCGGGGUUGCCGACCUGGCCGCCACUACGGACACGGACGCUUCUAUCCAAUUCGCGGCUACGUCCGGCGAGGCUGCGGCGUACGAGGUGUACUUCGUCGCGCCUGCGGCCGUCGCGGGUCCAUUUACAAUCACCAUCACGGCCCAGCUUGGAGCCGGCGCCGUCGCCAGCGACUGGAAGGUCGACAUGUACUCGUUCUUGCCUGACGGCAGCGACGACUAUGAGCUCGUCGGCGAUCUUACCGGUGUGACAUCUGGAUCUUGGUCAACCAUCACACUGACCCUCGAUCCCGACACCCCUGCGAACUUUGUGGAUCCGACCGCCAUCGAGUACCUGGUCCAGCUGAGGACCGAGAAUGCUGGUGCCCAGGCCAUCUACGUUGACCAGAUCGUCGUCUCGGACGGAGUGCAGGGGCCGUCUCCUACCCCGGUGACACCUCAACCGGUAGCUGGGCCGACUGCUCCGCCUGUGACGGCUCCGACCGUGACUGGACCGACCGCACCUCCUACAGUGGCUCCUUCCGUUGCUCCUACCGUCGCUCCCACGGCGGCGGCGACCCCUGGUCCCGUCCAAGUGGACAUGGUGCCCUGCAUCUUAGCCUCCGAGGCCGUGGAAAAAGACGCGGGUCCCGUGGCUUCGGCGUACCUAAUCAACGAGUUCUUCAAGGGCUUUUGGACAGCCACUCAGAACGUCCAAGCGCCCCCUGCUGCCGUGCUGGACCUUGUCGAAGCUUUGGAUGCGGACCACGGCAAGUGCAGCGUCGUCUACGUCGGCAUCGUUCCCUCCGCCGCCCAGAAGCUGCAGCUCCAAGACUACUCUCGCAAGUUCAACGUCCGGAUCGUAUACUUCGACAUCGCCGACACCAUUCUCGACACGGAAGUCCAAGUCAGGCUGGGCAUGCAGUCUAACUUCGACCAGCCUUUCGUGGGGGCGCCGAGGGUUAAGCGGACAGGCGGGUCGACGGACAGCAUCGCCCCCGCGGACAUGCUGACGGAUCCCACUCAAAACAGCCUGUUCAACAGACCGGUCGUUACGACGGUAGAUACUCUCCCGGCCGGCGUCAGCAUCUUGGCACAGUACGCAGACGACAAUGGUGACGCCAUCGGGGGGGUGCUUGCAGGCGUUACCAACCCUCAAAGCGCUGCUAUCGUCGAGUACAUCGGAUCCGACGGUCUGGAGGAGAUGCACGUAUUCAUCAGUCUGGCUUGGUUUGACACAGGAUCUUGGGCGUGGGGACACUUCAUUUCCGAGUGGGGUACCAGGGGCAUUUUCCAGGCAAGAUGCGUCUGGAUUUAUGACCCUCCGUCAUUCUUCGGCCCGGAGGAGAGGCUUUCGGGAGCCGACCUCCAAAAGUUCCAGAACUCGGAAGCGGCAUUCAACGCCGAGUACGGGGCGUCGGUCAAGACAGAGUACGCCUUCAACGGCCUCGGUGUCCUCGACAAGGUGGGAUCAACGCGGAGAAGCUGGGUAGGUGCUGCCGCUGACAUGGGCCUACUCCCCAAGGGUGACCCGCCGAAUCCGAGCACAGGUAUCCCCCAAAUCAGCGAUCCCAACUGGCUGAGCAUCCAGUUCAACCCGGCCGCUGGAGAGCAGGGGAUGCAAGACGACUACGACGCCGGUCUGUUCGCUUCGGACGAUCUGCUGGCCCGCGUUCAAGCCGACCUCGAUGCCUUUUUCUGGCAGAGCCACACCUUGACUCACCUGUCUCGCGACAACCUUGGCAAAAACGACUGCGACAUCGAAGACGGAGGCAACGUACGCCUGGGUGUAAUGUUCGGCAUGUUCGACAACGACAACUACAACUGGCGCAGCAUGACGAGCCCGGGCAUCACGGGGCUGUUCAACCCCAACUGCCUCCAGUCCGGCGAUGAGAACCUCAUGAAGUGCUACCCCGGGGACAACACCUACAGCGGAGCCCCACUAACGGCCGUGUCACUUAUUAACGAGAACAACCAGUUCCACUCCAUCACCACCACGGUCAGCACCAAUGGUUAUGCCGGGAUCCAGAUCGUCCCUCGCUUUGCCACGAACGUGUACUACAACUGCGUCACCGGCCGGUGCCUCAUCGACGAGAACGAGAAGAUUCGUCGCGACGUGUGCGGCUGCGCGGACCUCAACCCAAUUAACCCUCAGGGAACCUGUUCUGCUUGCCCUUCAGGCACGCAGAGCUUCAACGAUGUUGCUUCUUCCGACCCGUCGAUUGGACCGCUCGAGGCUCUGUUCCAGACAGAGGAGCGAACUACCACCCGCUACAUUCUCACCGGACGCAGGGACAAGUACAUGUUCCACCAGGCGAAUGUCAUCAGCACGACUUGGACAACCGACACGUCGGACCCGAUGUACGUCAGCCCCAGGCCCACCAACGACCCUUCGCUGCUCGAGUAUUGGUACAUCCGUGUCCUUGCCGAGAUGUCCAAGUACAUCAACACGGGUUCCUUCCCCAUCCAGACUCUCAAGUUUGACAACCUUUGCCACAACUUCUACCAGCAUGAGGACCUCGACAGCUCGGGUGCUAUUCUGACGGCCACCAAGGAUCCCUCCGGUGCCAUUACCGGCUUCUCCCUUGAGACUUCCUCCGACAACGGCGCCCCCAUUCCGUUGACAGUCCCCACAGCCAGCGCGGCGGAGAUCCUUGCGACGUUGGGCACCCUCUCACCUUCCAAGACCGAAAGAUACGGUGCUGACACCACCUUUUCCUUCGCAGCCGGCACCCUCAACACCGGCACCCUCUCCAAGCCCAACGUCAGCGAGCUCGCCCCCAUCCCUCAGGCAACCCUCACUCCUGCCGAACAGGAAAUCGUUGAGGACGCGGCGGAGGCAAAACUUGAGGCAGAGGUCUCAUCUAUCGUCGAUGUUGCGGAGGACGCCAGGAUGGACAUUGAGGAGGAGGCCGGCAACCAAGGCUUCGUUGUUGAGGACUUGGCUGGUGAAAUCCUCGUUGAUCCCGUGGAAUCGAUGGCCACGACUCCCUAGAAGCUCGUAUCUGUGUGGAAGCAAUGUGUGGUUUGUGCUGUAGUCUAAGGUACGAUUUGUCAAACUGUUGAUGUUGUAUUGUUCUUUCAGCGAAAAUGGAUAUAGAUUCCGCCAUGUACGUGUGUGGUCUACCCGAUGGCAUUUGUGGUUGAAGAAGCGGCUCUGGGCAGUCGGGAAAUGGUAGGGUAUCCCUCGAUGGCGGAGAAGUGCAAGCUGGCCGUAAUCGCCAUUCGAGUGCAAUGGUCGAACGGCCAUGGUUACACCUACAUUGGCCUAGAAAGGGUCAAGCCACUUCUGUUGCAACAUUCUUCAUCCUGAAUUUCAGGGCCACCGUCACGGGGUCUACAUGUCUGCCGCGUGUUCCCGCUUCGACCUCGUUUCGGGGCGAUUGAUCGUGGAACGCUUCUUCACCAAUUUAUGAUCCGUGUAGCAGCGACCCUGGCAGAGUACUAUUAUGUACCAGAUGUUUGUGUGGUGUGUCAUGCUGUUGUCGAGGCAGAUAGGAGUUGGCUGGUCAUAUGGUCGUUGAUUCCGCCGUCAAACCUACUCCCGCAACUCCCUGGAAUCUCUGUGUAGAAGCAGUGCGCCAUGUUCCCUUGGCGUUUCACGAGAAGGGCACGCUCUCUUUCUAAGUAGCUUUCUAUUAACGAGGGCGAAGUGUCUGCCAUGUAAUUUAUUGAUAUUAUUACUCUAGAUCUUUGACGCUGCGUACUCGAUGAAAAGAGCGGCUCUUGUGUUCGGAGUGAAAGGGAGAAGGAGUGUCUCUUUCGCAGGGAAAGUGCCCGCUGGCCACAAUCGUUAGGCGAGCGCAGUGGCCAAACUGAUACUGCUUACUUCCUUGACGAGGAAAGGAUCGGGCCACUUCGUGCUAUCAGUACUCGUCACGCUGCACUGUUAAGGCACCUUUACGGCGUCCAGAUUCCUACCCCUGCAGCACGCUGUAGAUUCCCGAUUUUCUGGGCAUGAUUGAUAACGUAGCGCUUUUGCACGCGUUACUUGGGGCUCCACUUCAAGCAUUGGCCAUCUGCCAUAUUUUUUUUUGUGUUUGGUGUACGAUAUUGAGGGACAAAAAGUGUACCUGAUACGGCCCGUUUUCGACAACAACAGUGUCAUGCCUGUCAUGAUGAAUGUUUGACUUCCGGUCGUAGAUCAAGACCUGGAUGGAGUUGGCUUUGUGCCAAAUCCUGUUGCGGGCGUUCGAAUCGGUGCAGUGUCACUUAGUGGCCAUGAGAUCCAUGGCCUCCAGUUCUGCGUGGGCGGUAAAAAAGAACGGUAAUGCUAUUAUUUCGACGCCGGCGCUGUCAACGUUUUCUUCGACACCGCUCGAAGGCUUCGAAAACCACUUCUUAACUGUGUACUCACGUGUCUCAGCUAUCACGCACGCAAGUCCUCGUUGGCCUCAACUGAAUGGUGGUUGCCGAGAUAUGCCACAAAACGAUGUCAAGGCAACACCUCGGCGGUAGUGUGGUAUAGUCUACGCGCUUAACGACGAAACCGCUCGAAAAUCUUCGCAAACACCUUGUUUGGGUGCGGCAGCUCGUCAGAGGCCGAAAGAGAAAGAAGGUUGACUCAAGACCUUGUUGCUUAGAGAGUAAGAGACAUGCGGUAGGCCACACAAUCGCCAUGCAGCAUGUCCGUCAAUACAUUCCAUCCGCGUACCCCCCGGAGGCCCCGUAGACAGUAUACUCUGCCGAGCACCCCAAACAGCCCCCCUGCUCGGUACGUGAUACUAUCUACGAAAUCCCCGACACGACUAUCAUUGCCAGACAAAACGGCAGACAGAAAAACCAAAACCCCUGUGCUAACAAUAAAUCAUCCACCAUUCCAAUCCAAACGACUCUGCCAAUAGAGCAUGUCCCACGAAAUCGCCGGAUCUUCCAACAGAACACGUCCUGCAAAUGCGAAGCUUUCAAACCUUUUUGAUGUCAAAUUUCUACCCCUAAAAGGUCUGUCAAGAAAAACAAAUCACCCUCUCGAGAAAAGUGCUCUACCCAAUUCUCAAGCAGUCAAAACACGAACAAUCACCCUUGGAAAAAUACCCAG